GCGGCGGCCGCGGGGUCCUGGAUGUGAGCGGGCGCCGGGCUGCUCCUGACCGGGAUGUGAGCGCCGGGGCUGCUCCUCGGUCUCCGCAGAUGCGUUGGAUGCCCUGUUCCGGCCCGGUGCCAGCCCCGCUGCUGUAGGUGCCACGCUGCCUCCCUGACUCUGCCGUCCUGCCGGGAUUCCGAUGUCCUGCCAUGGAUGAUGACAGCCAGGAUGAGCUGAUCAACAAGAACACUGCUCUGGGAAAGGGCAAAAGGCAGUGUCUCGCACUCCUCAGCGAAACAGAAAGCAAUGGUGGAAAUAGCUGGGAUUCAGAAGACGAUACUGGUAGUGAAGAGGAAGAUAAUGACACUGAGGAAGAGGGAGGUGAGGAGGACAAGGAAGAAAGUGGAGAUGAAGAAUUAGAAGAUUGUGAAGAUGAUGAUGAAGAGGAGGAAGAGGAGGAAGAAAGUGAGGCCACUGUGGAAGGAAUGACUGAUACUUUGAAAUCAGAGCCACACUUGAACGGAGUGAACAUCUCCUCUGAUGAGGAUGGUGAAAACUGCCCCAUUUGCCUCAACACGUUUCGGGAUCAGGCUGUUGGGACUCCUGAGAACUGCUCCCAUUACUUCUGCUUGGACUGCAUUGUGGAGUGGUCUAAGAAUGCAAACUCCUGUCCAGUGGAUCGAAUCCUCUUUAAUUACAUUAACAUUCGGGCACGUUUUGGUGGUAAAAUUUUAAAAAAGAUUCCUGUUGAGAACACGAAAACUCAGGGUACUGAUGGAGAGGAUGAUCCAACCUUCUGUGAAGUGUGUGGCAGAAGUGACCGCGAGGAUCGCCUGCUGCUCUGUGAUGGCUGUGAUGCGGGGUAUCACAUGGAAUGCCUUAAUCCUCCUCUGAGUGAAGUCCCUGUAGAUGAAUGGUUCUGCCCUGCCUGUGCUCCCAUGGGUGCCAAUGGUGCUGCAGAUGCAGAUCAUGUCAGUGAGGAAGAGGUGGCUGCCCUCAUGGCUGAUGUUGUCCCCACCACCAGUAGGCUCCGUCCUCAUGUCCGAACGCGGGCCAUAGCCAGGACUCGGCAGAGUGAACGCGUCCGGGCCACGGUGAACAGGAACCGCAUAACAACAGCACAGCAAAUUCGGCACGUGCCAGGAUACCUCAUGUCCUCUCUUCUGGAUGAAACAAUUGAGGCAGUUGUAGCAGGCCUGAACACAGCCAUCUACCAGCGUCCUCUGGCACCACGCGCUCCUACCAGGCAGAAGAGGAAAACUGGAAGGCGGAAGAAAGUAGGAGGCAAAAAAAGAACUCAGACAAAAUCUGCUGCUGGGAAGAAGGGUUCAGGGGCACAGCUGAAGAGACGCAAGCGUCUGACAAAGAAGAGAAGGGGGAAAAAGACAAGAGUAAGAUCACAUGGCAAAAAUGAGGUUACGACUCGCUCCCGUAUUGCAAGGACCCUUGGUCUCAGCAAACCUGUGCGUGGGGCAUCACUUCCUUCCAUGUACAAACCAACAGAGCCCUCCCUUGGGCUGAUGAGAGCAGAUAUUGGUGCAGCUUCUCUCUCUGUGUUUGGAGAUCCAUAUGAGUUGGAUCCUUAUGAAGGUAAUGAAGAGGUUCCAGCAAAUCCAGAUUCACCAGUGAGUGCCAAAAGGAGAGUUCUCUCCCAGUCAGCACUGAGGUCUCACCGUCCUGUAGCUAGACCCAUUUCUGUGGGACUUCCCAGAAGCAGUGUGCCUGCCUUGAGUCCUGAUCACGAAGCAGAAGCUGCUCCUGUGCCUGAUCUGUUGGGAAGUAUCCUGUCUGGACAGAGCCUUCUCAUGAUGAGCAGUUCAGAUGUGGUCAUCAACAGAGAUGGUUCACUGACAGCAAAGAAGGAAGCUCCAUUUCACAGAAAAUCAGCGAGUGACUCGAGAGUGGAGGAUGGUUCAGGGCCUAACACCCACCCAAGUACAGUGCUCUCAGGGACCACAGCAAGUAGCUCCAUGGCCAGACCUUCCAUUUCCUCGGGACUGAGUACUCGCUCCAGACCCUGCUCCUCAGGCUUGUUCUCAUCGCCUCCACCCUCACUGAGCAGGAGCGAGUCUGCAGCAAGCCCUGCACUGGAAAAGGCAACUGUAAAAUCAGAAUAUUCAAUGACACCCAGGUCUGUCCAGACUCAGAAUACAGCAACUUUGAGCAGGCAUGGCUCAAAGUUAAAUGAAAUGGCCAGAUUUAAUGGAAAAUCUAAAAACUUUGUACCCACUGAUUCAUCUUCAAAGCCCCUGAGCUGUAACUUGAAUUCUGGCUCAAAAGCUGUAUCUGUGAGGCAGCCAGUAAAACCACCUUCCCAGAGAAUUGACAUCUUUGAGCUUCCCAGGAUACCAAAGAUUAAAAAAGAAACCAGCAGCAGGCAGGUGGAGCCAGAACCUGCAGGAAGCCAAAGCUGUAAUAUCCCCAGCUCCUGUAUAACACAGCUAACUGGCAAAGAGAGCACUAAUCAGCCAGGAAAGGGUAGCAGGGUGGAAAGUCAGAAGUCAAAUUCCAAGGAACCACAGCAGCAGACACGUCCGAGCUCCACUCAUCCCAGCGGCUAUAGCGGUUCAUCGCUGCUGGGCACUUCGAGGGGCAAAGGCCCAGGCUCUUUUGAGAGUUUUAAAAUCAAUAUUCCCGGGAACACUGGACAUCCCAGCAGGCUGUCUAGCCCAGGAUUCUGUAAUACCUUCCGCCCUGUGGACGAUGAGGUGCAGCAGAAGGAGAGCCCUUCACCUCUUUUCUCAGUAAAGAAAAAGCAGGUCAAAAGUGAAAUCUAUGAUCCAUUUGAGCCAACAGGAUCAGACUCAAGUUCAGCAAACAGCAGUCCUGAAAGGCUUGGCUCAGGGAUCCCACUAACUAAUAUCACCAGGACUAUUUCCAUCGAAAAUCCAAAAGUUCAAACAUUUCAAACUGUCCGUCGUUUCACCCCUUACAGGGUAGAAAAUAUAUUUGGGUCUGGGACUGACUCUGAUGUGCCAUCUGGUAACAGAGAGUCUCCUGAUGAUGUGACAGUAGCAAGCAGGAUUGUAGAACAGAUCUCUGAUACAGAGGAACGAGACAGUGUGGAUGAGGCAGAUGUCCUAAGCAGUCCUUGCACUUCAUCUGCUGUUAAGGAAAUUUCUAACACAAAGUGUUUGAAGGAGGAAAGUGGAGAAGGACCUAAUGUGUUCUUUAACGCUGAGGAAUUGAUUAGACCUAGUAUUAAUGUGAAAAUAGAACCAGAUAGUCCCUCAAAGAGUGGUGGGCAGCAGAAAGUCCAAAAGGUAGAACAAGCAGAGAGGCGAUCACGUUCCAGAUCCUGUUCAAACUCCAGCUCCCGAAGCAAGAAGAAGAUGAAAAGGAAAAAAGCACUUGCCAAAGACCAUAAGAGAUCACGUUCAGGGUCAAGAGACAGAGCACAUUCGAAGGACCGAAGCUCCAGAUCUACCUCUUCGUCAGGUGGGGAAGAGCACAGCAAAACACACACAUCAAAAUCCAAGAACAGGAGGUCUUCUACUGAUCGUUCUAGCAGUCAUGAACGAUCUAAAAAAAAGAAAACCAAGGAUAAAAACAAGGACAAAAAGGCAAAAACUUCUUGGUCUAGGGACAGAAGGAAAUCCAGGUCACGUUCAGGUAGUCCUGGAAGUACUUCUGAUUUUUAUGAAAAUAGGAAAAAGAAAAGACGUUCUUGCUCAAGAUCAAGGCGGAGAGACCGCUCCCGGUCAAACAGCAAUGAGAGGACUAAAAGGCGGAAGCACAGGAGGGACAAAAGCUAUGAGAGGUAUGAUAAAGAAAGUAGUUUGAAGUCAAGGGACAGAAAGAGAUCGAGAUCCAGGUCUUGGGAGAGGAGAAAGUGGAGAUCUCGGUCUCGGUCUCCAUCUCGAUCUUGGGAGCACAAAAGCAGUAAGUCAAAGGAAAAAAGACUGCAAUCCCGAUCACGUUCCAAAGAAAGGAAACACAGAUCAAAAGAGACCUUGCUUCCUCCUGCACCAGAAAAGGAUCAAAAGCCUCCAGCUGAAAAUGUGACUGGGUGUCUGGAGCAACCCAAUUGUAUGAAGCAAGAGCCAAAAGAGGAGCUAGUACUAGAAGGGCUUUCCAUAACCAUCCAGCCAAAUGUCAAACUUGAGGAAAUAAAAACUGAGACCCCAGUUCAGUUGAGGGAGGUCCAAGAAACUAUAAAGGGGGAGCUCAUCUGUCGAGAAGUGAGCAGCGAAACUGCAUUCCCUGCACCAGAGAUCACAAACAUUUGUGUCCCAGUUGGUGAUGUGGAUUCUUUUGCUGAAACAGACUUAAUGAAUAGUACUGAUGAAGCAGUGCUUGGUAGCUGUAGCAAUACAAACCUAGAGAUUACAGUUAAAAUAGAAAAUACUGCAUUAUGUCCAUCUCUGAUGGAACAACCCCCAAAGAAGGAAGUUAUCAUGCACGUUCCGGCUGAGGCUGCACCGAUUCAAAGCUCAUCCAAAAGCAAAGUUACAGAUUGCGUGAGGGAGGUUAAGGAGGAGUGCCUUGUCUCAAAUGAAAAUACAAGUAAUUUCACUAAGCCUGAGCUGGAAGUGGUACCUCAGGGUCCUGCCUUGAAAUCAAAAGCACCAGUGAAGAGAGUUACCUGGAAUCUUCAAGAGGAGGAAAGUGGCACGUUUUCUGCUGGAAAAGCUCCAAGGAUGCCAUUUUACAAACUUCAGCGAGCAAAAGAAGGGGCCUGGAAAGCAGAGGACUUGAACCAAACAUUAAAUCAGGUGUACUGUCAGAACAUACCCCUGGCGCCAGCUCUGCCCUCCAGCCUGCCCCCCUAUGCCCCGGUGAGCCAGCCCACGGUCCAGUUCAUAAUGCAGGGGAGUCUUCCAGCUCUUGGCUGCAUGGCAGGACAGAGCCUCACCCCAGAGCCAGGCAUCCUGGCUACAGCAUCCGAGCCAGGAAUCCAAGCUGCUUCUGUUGGAAGUGUGGAGGAAAAGAUCAAAGCGCCCAAACCUCCAGUGGAUAAAACAAAAAAUGAGGAAUACAUGAAGAAGCUUCACAUGCAAGAAAGGGCUGUGGAAGAAGUGAAACUUGCCAUCAAACCUUUUUACCAGAAGAGGGAGAUUACAAAGGAGGAGUACAAGAGCAUCCUUCGGAAAGCAGUGCAAAAGAUCUGCCACAGCAAAAGUGGAGAGAUCAACCCUAUGAAGGUGGCUAACCUGGUGAAGGCAUAUGUGGAAAAAUACAAACAUAUGAGGAAACAUAAGAAAACUGAUGGUGAAGAUACACGUGAAGUGGAAAACUGAGAGCAAGCCACAGCCAGCAUGACUUGGACUGAACUUGUCCUAGCUGUGGAAACUAUGGGAAUAACAGACCUGCAGUUGCAUCCCAUUGUAAGCAGAGAAACAAGAUGAUGAUAGACAUUAUCUAUGGAACCUUCUCUUGAAUUGUUUCCAUAUGGGAAUGAAUUUAGGACUUUUUUGGAUUACCUACAGCUGUAGAACUAAAUAACAAUCAAAUGCCUCAGACCAGCAGAGUAAUUCAAGGAGAAACACAGAAGAGAUUAAUGUUUGGAACUCCCGGAUUGCUGCAGUUUUCAGGGUUACUUUGAUCACAUUUUUGGGCUGUGCACUUGUCUUGCUAAAGUUUGAAACUGGACACCACUUUUCAUACAGUGUAUUGAGAGCUGUAUACUGUUUCCCUUGUGUUUAUUUAUCAAAUUAUGGAUUGUCUGUAGAAAUUUCUGAUUUAAUACUUGAAAUGUCGUAUUUUUAGCCCGUUGGAUGGUGAGCGAAGCUUUACUCGCUCUGGCAUUUGGGGAUUGCAGAAAUGAGCUAACCUUUAUAAACUGACUUCAGAAACACUGCUCAAGCUGUGGUGUUUAUUUACAUUCUGUUGGAAGUACCUUGUUGGUGAAAAAAAAUGAAUUUUGGGGGUGGGAGUUUGUGUUGCACUUGUGUAAAUAAUGCACUGAUGGCUGGUUUUGUGUCUGCCUUUCAGGAAAAAGCAAAACAAAAAGCAAGCAUUAUCAGUUUUCCGUAACAAGCCCAAAGGAUAAGGUUGAACUGAUGUACAAAGCAGAAAUGUGACAGAGUUUAUAAAGUUAUUUUGAAUGGUUUUUGUCCUAUAGCAUGUGUCAUUUGUUUGUCUUGCAUAUUCCUCUUGGCCUGGCUCUUGCAUAAGGAAUGCUGUGUUUGUGGAAGAGGAUUGGAGUUGGAUUAAUAAUUGUCCCUCCUCCUCUGCAGGAAAACUGGUCUUCCUAUCAAGAAUCAAAGGAGUCCGGCACAUAUUCUGACUUGAUCUCGAUUGCUUUAGCAAAACUCCUUGCCUACAGGUACUGUAGGUCUUUUAAGUGACUGAAAUACAAACCCUUAAAUGAUAUUUAGCACUCUUGAACCUGACUUAAAUCAUUCCCCAUCAAAUCCUGCUAGAGAAAUUGAAGAGAAAACCAGUAAGAAACUCAGAAACUGGCUUUCCCUUCAUGGGAACUGGUUUGGAGAGUUUAUUUUUUUUUUUUUACUAUUUAAACAAAACAAGCCUACAUACCACUAGUGUUUGGACUGGCACAAUCACUCACUGUGCUAGAGGAGUGGAUGGAUGAAUCCUGAGCAUUUUGGAGUUAAUCUUCCUUGGUUCUGUAUGCUUCCUCUAUGGAAGCGCAGCCUGGAUGGAUGAUAAGGAAGUGAUAAUUUUGGAGCUGCUUUGCAGAUUUUUGGAAAAGACAGUACUGACUGCAGAACAGUUGGCAGGGAAGGUAUAAUUUUCAAGCUAAACUUGGAGCUAGAAUACAUACAUGGAACAUGGGUGUGGGGUUGUAAAUACAAGCACUGCUGAUAGAAUUCUUGACAAAAUAAAAAUUCAGAACCUUUAAUGGCUCUGUUGGCACAAGAAAGAGAAUGUGAUCUAGUUGUGCAUACACUUAGACUGGAAAUUGGACACCUCUGAAUAUCUCAGAGGAGCAAUUCUGCCACAACCUGUCUGUAUACAAAGUGAAAAGGGGUAGGUGGUGUGAAAAACAAGGCUUGAGCAAGUAAUAGAAGCAACUACACUGUUUACCAGGAAGACAGCAUCAAGUCUGUUUCAUUCCUUGGGCCGUUUCACUGCUUUAAAUUCUUGUUUAAUGUUACCCUUGAGCUGGCAAUAAAGAUAAGAGCCUGUUGCAGGGUGUAUUAG